GAAGGGGGAUCUCACAGGAUCUCAGCAGGGCAACUGUUAACUCUGGGUGGUUAUUCUUCCUUGAGAUCACUCUGAUGUCACAAGUGUAAUUUGAGCUGGGAGCUUUGUUCACACUUUAAAUAGCAGUCCCAGAAUGAUCCUGCCACUGACUCUCUGCAGCGCCUGGGAGCUGAGUUCCUGAAGAUCUCACAACAUCGAUGAAAGCAAAGCGAAGCCACCAAGCCAUCACCAUGUCCACGUCGCUGCGAGUGAGCCCAUCCAUCCACGGCUACCACUUCGACACAGCCUCUCGGAAGAAAGCCGUGGGCAAUAUCUUUGAAAACAUAGACCAAGAAUCAUUACAGAGGCUCUUCAAAAACUCUGGAGACAAGAAAGCUGAGGAGAGAGCAAAGAUCAUAUUUGCUAUAGACCAAGAUUUGGAGGAGAAAACCCGAGCCCUGAUGGCCUUGAAGAAAAGGACGAAAGACAAACUUCUUCAGUUUCUGAAGCUGCGGAAAUAUUCCCUCAAGGUCCACUGAGUGGGGACAGAAUGGAUAAGGAUCUUAUCCACCACUGGACGUUUCUAGAAUAAGUGAGUUUGCAAGACCUGAACCAGGGCAGCAUCUUGCUGCUGUCUUGCAAGUUUCUCCAUCCAGACUCAGAGGUUGGAAAGGAACACAGCAGAGUGCCUUCACACUCCAACCAAUUUCAUGGCUGGUGCUGUUGCUCAGAGGAGGAAAUGCUUCAGCAAGCACUGAAAACUUUCUUUUCAGUGCAGGAAAAAACUGUCACUGGUAGAAGAGUCUGGACAGAUGCAGCGAGAACAGGACACAGCAGAUGGCUGGAAAGACAGCAGGCAGCAGAGUCACUUGCUGGGCCAAAGGACUUGACUUAAAUUUCCACUGAUCUCACUCUCCCAUUCUCUCUCUUCCUUCUCUCUUUCUCUCGCCUCUCUCCCCUCUUUCUCUCACUCUCUAUCAAACUGGGCAGAGAGAGGGAGGAUAGACAGAGAAUACCUACCACAUACUGUUUACUGAAAUUUUUUAUCCGAAUUCUCAAAAUGUUGUCAAGCUGUUAAUGUUGUUUGUUGGCAUUGACUCUUAGAAAUCAGUAAUUAUUUAUUUGCAUUUAUGACAGUGCUUGAGAAAACGGACUGCACAGUGUAAAGUACAUGUUAAAGGAGUUGUGAUGUCUUUUGCAGCUCGGUAAAACCUAUGCCACCUUCUGGCCUGUUUGUAAAGGGCUUUUAUACAUUUCAAACUUGCACAAAAGUUAAAAUAUAAUGGGGUCGUUCAUAAAUCCAAAGUACUGUGAACAUUUUUGUAAUUAUUUUUUAUCAUCUGACUAAUGCUAAAAUAUAACCUAGUUAAAUUUGUUAGUUACUUCAAUAAGCAUUAGGAAAUGAAUAUGAUAUAUUACUUUAUAAAGAUGCUAUGGUUUCUAUAAUUUAUUAUACAUGGCUAGUGAUAUGCAAUUCUAAUAAAUUAUUAUAAGAUCAGCUGCUACUGGUCUGUAAUGUUUGGGCUCAGAGGAAAAAAGUAAGAUGGUAACUUUUGGUUAUUAUAAACUUUUCUGCAGGUUCAACUCUAAAAAUAAAUGGUGCUUUUGGAGUAGCUUUUGCCAAUUACCUUUUUGUUUUUUUUUCAAAACGAAUUCUAAUACCAAAUACCUGGGAAGUUUCUCUGUCCCUGCUUUAAAAUGUAAGACAUAGAGACAGAGAUUCACAAAUGAACUCACCAAAAUUGCUUUUUUAUAUCUUAUGAAGGGUGACUUUAAAAGACUUUCUCCAUUGUUUUGCAAUUCUUCCUCUGUGAUAACAGUAGCUAUGUACAUGUGUACAUUUAUUUGUCCCAAAACAUGUCUAGGGUUAGUCUGAAUUAUGAUAACAAUCUGUGGGUUAUCACUGUAUAUUUAAUGUAAACUUAUACAGAGACAGCAUUACUGUCUCUCUACUUAUUUCCUCAUACAAUUAUAAUAAAUGUUUCUAAGAAGGCCUA